AUGGUACAACACCUCCCCGAUGAACUUUGGCUAGACAUCUUUGAGUCCGCCGUCGACGAUGCGGAAUUCUUUGAGCCCACUCUCCCCGAUGCCUUCUCCGCCUCAACCUGUGCGCAGGAGGGCGUCAACAAUGCUCAACGGAGGAGUUAUGCCACUAAGAAGGCCAUCAUGGCAACCUGUAGGACUUGGAGGCGGCUCGGAUACGAGUUUUUCUACCGCUUUCUGUUCUUCAGCAAUCCGCUCAACAUGCAGCGGCUCUGUCGUCUGUUGGACACCGACAGCGACCUUGGCCACCGAACCCGGCGACUGCAUGUAAUUCGCUAUUUCGACCGAUCCGCGCCGACCGCAGAAGUCACCCAGAACUCGCUCGUGUCGAUCAUCAGUCGCUGCGAGAACCUCGAGACGUUUAUCGUCAACUGGCCACUUGCCAUCGCCCUUCCUGCCGUCGCGAACGCGCUAUGCACGUACACCUCUCAGACGCUGCGCGUACUCCAACUCACCAUCCCUACGGCGGCCCUCGCCAAGUUCAUCCUCUUGCUCGAUGGACUUCCCAAGCUCGAGUCUGUUCACGUAGAGUUCGACGGUCCGGCUCCGGAGCAGGUGCGACUCGGCUCCGCCGGCGACCUGGAGCUCUCCCUCCCAUGCCUCCAACACCUGUCCGCCCGCGGCUCGUUUCAAGAUUUCAUAGAGCAAGCUACCGACUGGAACUUCCCCGUCCUCCGCAGUCUUAGCCUAGAUUUCACCACAUACCGCGAAGACUUCCCCGACGUCCUUGACUUCCUCGCCGAGCACGGCUCCGAGCUCACCACGCUCGACCUCAACUGCAUUCCCCCGGUCGACGUCGCCGCCGUCCUCGACCUCUGCCCGCUCCUCACCACCUUCACCUUCAACCCGGACUGGCGCCUGCCCGGCUGGGACGACCCCACCGCACGCGGCACGCACCUCGUGCGCUCUCCGCACCAGCAUAUCACCACCGUCGGCCUCCACCACCUGAUGUACGCCUUCGGGGUCGGCUACGCCACGAACUACAACGAGAUAAACCCGUUCAUCGUCCAGAGCAUCCAGCGCCAGAACGACGCCAACUUCGCCGCGCUCACCCGCGCGAGCUUUCCGCGCCUCGCGCGUGUCCGCGUCCUGAACCCGACGCUCCUCGCCGACCUGGAGAAGAACAACGGGCCGAGCAAGGCCGGGCUCGCGCGCUGGGACCGCUGGACGCGCCAGUGCACGGCCGAGGGCGUCCGGCUCGAGGACUGCACGGGCGCGACGCUCGGGACGCUCCCCGAGUACGAGGACGAGGACGGGGACGAGUACACGGACGACGGGGCGAGCACCGUGGGCGGGAAUACGGCGCAGCCGAUCCGUGUCCUGCGGGAGUUGGUGGCGGAGUGUCAGCGCGCGAACGCGCAGAGGGAGCUCGACGUCCCGACCCCGCUCAUGCGCAUGAUAUACACUAGCACCUACGGAAGCUCGUAG